CACUCAAAAGUCAAAAGUCCUCACAUCCCGGUGAUGGUUGCUGCCUCCCACGCUUAAAGUUUUCUCUUUUUUGUUUUUUUUUCUUGUCAAGAGUGGAGCAAGCGUUCACGGAUCAACUGUGGGUUUUUCUUUUCAUUUUAAUGUUUCACGGGAGAAACGCCGUCGGUUAUUAGCAACUGAUCAGGCAGCGUUUUUGUUUUGUUUUGUUUUGGGUUGUUUUUUUGUCUUUUUGCUCUCCAAGGGAAUUUGCAGACCUAUCGGAUUGUUUUAUUCCUGCGCAGCGCUGCUGGGAGAGGAAAGAGGCAGAUUUUCCAAUCCAGCUCCGAGGCACACAACGCGGGGAAUGCAGCGGUAACAUCCCGCAAGUUUUUUUGGAUCUCAGAGGCGUAGCGGGCAUAGAGAAAGUCAGAACUCAAAGAUUUAGAUCUCUGUGGGCUACCUGCAUGACUGUUGCCAUGACAGCAUCUGGAGCCCGACUCCUCCUGUUGGCCUUAUGUGUUUGCGGAGGCUCGGGCCUGCAGCAGUUUGCCCCGCGGGUUCGCCUCUCCUUCAAAGAACUAAUGGACACAAGGGCAGCGCGACCCUUCAGUUUCUCCUUCAACACCAGUGAUUACCGCAUCCUCCUGAUGGAUCAGGACCAGGGCCGUCUGUACCUGGGCAGCCGGGAGUACCUGGUGGCCCUGGACAUGCACAAUGUCAACAAGGAGCCCCUCAUUAUCCACUGGCCAGCGUCAGCUAAGAGAAAGGGAGAAUGCCAGAUGACAGGAAAGGGAAGACAGGGCGAGUGUGCCAACUUUGUGCGGUUGAUAGAGCCGUGGAACCGCACCCACCUCUACACCUGUGGAACAGGGGCUUACCAACCUAUCUGCACAUUCAUCAACAGAGGCUGGAGGGCAGAGGACUACCUGUUUAGGCUGGUCCCUGGGUAUGUGGAUUCAGGGAAGGGAAAAUGUUCCUAUGAUCCCAAACAGGAGAACAUUGCAGUCCUGAUCAAUGGUAACCUGUAUGCAGGGGUCCAUAUUGACUUCAUGAGUACAGAUGCUGCUCUGUUUAGGACCAUGGGAGGGAGAACAGCAAUCAGAACAGAGCAGUACGACUCCAGGUGGCUCAACGAGCCUGUGUUUGUUCAGAUCCAGCAGAUCCCUGACAGUGCAGAAAGGAACGACGACAAGCUUUACUUUUUUUUCCGCGAGAAGAGUCUAGACUCGAGUGGCGGAGCGAGUCCCAGCGUUUUAGCCAGGGUUGGAAGAGUGUGUCUGAAUGAUGAAGGAGGGCAGAAGUCCCUGGUGAACCGCUGGACGACGUUCCUGAAGGCUCGCCUUAUCUGUUCAGUGAUAGGAGAAGAUGGAGUGGAGACGCGCUUUGAUGAACUACGGGAUGUGUUUAUUCAGCCCACACAAGACGAACGAAACCCCAUGGUGUACGCUCUCUUCACUACAGCGGGCUCUGUGUUCAAGGGCUCAGCUGUCUGUGUUUACUCAAUGGCUGAUAUUCGCAAUGUCUUCAAUGGACCGUUUGCCCACAAACAUGGCCAUAAUUACCAGUGGACUGAAUACAAUGGCAAGAUUCCCUACCCACGGCCCGGAACAUGUCCGGGAGGAACCUUCACUCCUGGUAUCCGUUCAUCCAAGAACUUUUCAGACGAAGCUGUGAAUUUCAUCAGAUCCCAUCCACUCAUGUUCCAUCCAGUUUAUCCUAUCCACCGCCGCCCCCUGGUGGUGAGAACUGGCGUGGACUACCGCUUCACUGCCCUGGUGGUGGAUCAGGUGGAUGCUGUGGAUGGACGUUAUGAGGUGCUCUUCCUGGGGACAGAUCGAGGCACUGUCCAGAAAGUUAUCGUUCUACCUAAGGAUCCAACUAGCAUGGAGGAACUGACGCUAGAGGAAGUGGAAGUUUUCCGGACCAGAGCUCCAGUCAAAACAAUGAAGAUAUCUUCCAAAAGACAACAGCUCUAUGUGUCCUCGGACGCGGGGCUGACCCAGGUGUCGCUGCACCGCUGUGGUGUGUAUGGCAGGGCCUGCUCUGACUGUUGUCUGGCUCGAGACCCCUACUGUGCUUGGGAUGGGGAGAGCUGCUCUGCCUUCACCCCGUCCACCAAGAGGAGGAGCAGAAGGCAGGAUGUUAAACAUGGUGACCCACUGAGGCAGUGCAGAGGCUUUAAUGCCAAAGUGGAGAAACGUCUGAGAGAAACAGUGCAGUUUGGGGUGGAGGGCAGCAGUACCUUCCUGGAGUGUCAGCCUCGCUCUCCCCAGGCCACCGUCAAGUGGCUCUUCCAGAGGGAAGGAAAGAGGAAAUUGCUCAACCGUGUGGGAGGUAUUCUAAAGACCAACCAUGGUAUCCUCCUAAAGUCUCUCAACCAAUCAGACGCGGGGCUCUACCACUGCCUCGCCACUGAGAACAACUUUAAACACACAGUGGCCCGUGUGGCCCUGCGCAUCCUAGAUCGAGACAUCGUUUUAGCUCUCACCGCUCAAGAUGAGGACGAAGAGCCAAAAACUCGUCAGGCGGGACCUUACGCGCAGUCCUCUCUCGUCUCCACACCCUUCCCACCUGAGAUCAGACUGAUUAACCAGUACUGCCAGUCCUACUGGGAACAACUCAGUCCCAAACAGCAGCAGCAGCGCAAGCGCACCAGCCGCAGGCACACAGAGAGCCAGGACCAAGGCCUCGGCUAGAGGACGGGACUGAUGCUGUCCAACACUGGCCUGUCUGGACUUUAAGGUGGACUUUUAGUGUCUGACAUGCAUGUUUGUGUGUCACGUCUUUUCAACAGGCAGGUGAUGCUCUCAUGGUGUCGUUGAAAUACCAUGAUGGUGGUUUUGCAAGCAGCAGCCUUGAAAAGACACGUUGUAUGUCUUGUACGUUACCUGUGACCACUUCCCAAAGAAUACUGUGCAUAUUCAGUUUGUGUUUCUACUGGUAGCUCCUCCUGUUAGUUUGACACUUAAAUCAUCUUAGAGACAUGAUACUUGUUCAAGACUGAUUAUCUACCAUUUAGAUUGUUUUAAAACUUCUUUUUGCUGGUUUGUUCAGGUGGAAAAAAACACAUGAGAAUCACAGUGCAAGAUUGGCAUUUUUAGUGCAAGAAACUAGGAUAAAAAGGAAACACAUUUAAGUAGUGUGUUUCAUCUUCUAAGUUUGACUUUCCAUCAACAUGACCUGUGAAAGCAGAGAUUUUCAGCCUGCUGAUUCGUCAAUGGCAGAUUUUUGGGUUGGUCCGUGAAUGCACCAACAAAGUUUUGAAAAUACACCUGGAGCAUUAGCAUGCAGCUAACCGGGAUGGAAAAAUAACACACUCAUAGUCAACAUGAUGAAUCACAUAAUGGUUUGUUGUUGUUUUGGAAAAUGGUAGACUGUGAUGUAAAAAUAAAUGAAGCAGGCGGUUAAAAGGCUUCAACAUGCAAAACCACACAUACGGUAUUUUAAUUAUCUUGAAACAAAAAUGUAAUAUAUUGAUUGUGAAUAUAAUAUAUAUGUUCAUGAUAUGGUCUUUGGAUUACUCUUGUAUGAAGAUAAUACGAUGAAUGCAGUUGUUGCAUGCAUAUCUGUGGUCCUUUGUUGCAAGUUGUACAUUUUACUGUUGUUCGGUUUUCAACCUUGUGUGUAACGAUGUUUGUAUGGUGUAAUGUAUUCUGUUAAGCUAAUUCCAUUUGAUGUUGUCAUAUAAUGACUCCCUUACUGUCCUGUGCUCUUGUGACCUACAGUAUGUGAGUGUUGAAGAUAUGUAUAGCAUACAGUGUUCUUCCAGUUAUGCACUUUGUCGGUGGUGGUUUCUGAGGGAAUUGGGGAAUCUUUGCACAGAUGUAUGAGAAAAUUAUAUAGGAACAUAAUGUUUUUUUAAUGUACAGUAUGUUAUAAAAAUGGGAAUGAAACUGGC